CUAUCUAAAACUGAAAGGUAUAUCAACUAUAGCAAAAGAUCAUAAAACGCUAUAUUAUAAUGCUAUUAGUACUAUGAUUUCUUGGCCAAUUAAAAAAAUCCUCAGUAAUUUAUCUUUUUAUCUCCACUUAAACCCUAACUACAAAACAGCGUGAACGACUGUAUGUGUGAUUCUCUCCCCAUUCUCUGACGAAUCUUUGACGAACUAAAGCCUCUUUCUCUCAACUUCUGCGACCACACUCUGCCUGAUUCCAUCUCUGACAACCGUAGUCUUCCAAUUCAAGGUUUGUUUUGUACAUUCGUUCCAAUUUUUUUUUUUUUUUUUUUUAAUUUUUCUUUGUUGUAUUCUGAAUUUUGUCACUUGGACCAAGUUUCCUUUGAUUUUGGUUGUUAUGGUCACAAGCGAUUAAGUUUAGUUCGAUUUUGGUUGUUGUGGUCUCGACUGUCUCUCUAUUUAUCAAAUUUGGUUUAUGUUGCUCUGGUUUACUUUGGCUAGCUUUGGAUUAAAAACAAAACCAUACCUAAUAUUGUUGUUUUUUUUUCUUGUUAUGUGAUGUUUAUUUUAAGGCAUCUAAAAUUUACAUUCUAAUCGUAUAUCUACUGUUCUUUUUGUUGUUGUUUCCAAGAAAGAGAAAUAUGGGAUCGGUUCCAUUUCGUUCUGUGCCUCGACGAAGGAACGCUUCCACCACAUCAGUAGGUAGCCAAGGAGUUGAUUCUUCUGCAGCAUCAGCUGCUCCUGCUGCCCCAGCUGAGCUUCCACAAUUGAGCUUGAAUGAAAUUAUGUCGUCUCCCUCUCGUCGUCCAAAGCCUCGUUUACAUCCAGAUAGACCAGAACGGCCUAAGGAUGUUUGGUUUGGUCUUGAUGAUUGUGUUAGGACUGAUAUCAGUUCGAUAUACCAAAAUGAUUUCAAAGGUCCAUGGAGUUGUAUAAGUAAUGUCCCUCUAGAGCAUCAAAAGCAAUGGUGGUCUAGAUUUGCGCAGCGUUAUUUUUGGGAAGAUGAACAUCAUGACGCUGUUAUCAAAUUAUACCGCAAGCAGCUUAAAGAGUUGCUAAAAAACCUUAUCAGCAAGGGAAAGCGAGAUGGAGUAAAGCCUGAUUUUGUUAGUGAUGAUGAUUGGAAUCUGAUGGUAGAACGCUGGGACACAAAACCAGCAAUGAAGAAGUCUAAACGGUGUAGUGGUGCAAGAAAAUCACAGCGGUCUGGCUAUGGAGCGCAUUGUCAUACUGGCGGUUCAAAGCCGUUUACCAAGAUUGAAUAUGAAAUGACUGAAAAAAUAAUGGCGUAAGGCCUUCGAUCCCUGAGUUGGUUAAGCCGACUGACACAAAAUCUGAUGGGACAUAUGUGGACAAGAAAGCUAAGGAAAUUGUUGAGGACGUGUACAACUUGGCGACUCAAAUGUCACCACAUGAUUCAGAUGAUAACGAAGGAGACUCAUCAGCUGUUUCAGCACCUUCUUCUACUCUUUUGAAUAAGGUCUUCUGUGAGCAAGUACCGGUGGUCAAGGGAUACCGGUUUGGCAUAGGGUCCGUGCAUCAUCAUCGUGGUGAGGCUUUGCAGUCUUCCACACCAUGUCCCUCAUGCCAAAAAUCACUUGGAGACAGAGUUUGUGGAGAUGAAAACCACCGUCUCCUCCCUUGGUGACCAUGUUGCCACCCUUAGUGGCAAGUUUGACACACUUCAAGCCUCUCUGAACAUCUUGGUUCAGACAAUAACAAGAAUGCCAACUACCAUUCCUUUACAGCAGCCAUGUUACCAGUCUCCUACCACACCAGUACAUCAGCCAGGGAACCACUCACCAGUAACAUCUCAGCCGUUGACUUGAGUAAUAAUGACUUCAAUUUCUCUAUCAAAUUUAUCAAUUUUGUUUUCAUUGUGUCUAAUCGGAACAUGCAUGUUUUGUAAUCUCUUUUGAAUGUGAAAAAACCUUAAAACAUAUUAUGUAUGCUUGGAUCAGAAUGUCUUUUGGAUGAA